CCUAAAUCACACCCUAUAGGACAUGCAGUGCACUACAUAGGGCGUUAAAGCCAUUAUUUCCUUGGCAGAUAUAAGCAGCAGGAGGAGGAGAUCUAGACGCUUGGGGCUCCGGAAAGGUGAUUAGAUACGAAAGACAUGUCAGAUGGGGAUGGUGUGCUGUCCAGCAGCAGCUUUCUGUCCAGCGAUGGGGGUAAUUUCAGCUCACUUUGCCCGAAUGGCUCGGAAUGGAUUUGGUACGAACUCGGAGAGUGCACUCAGGACAUCCGGGACAUGAUCAGCGUGGUCCUGGGUCUGCUGUCCAUCGCCUGCUUCAUUGUGUCCUCUUUCCCGCAGUACUACAGCUCAUGUAAGACGGGGAAUAUGGACAGCGCUUUAUCCAUUUGGUUCCUGCUGUUGUGGCUUGGAGGUGACUCAUGUAAUCUCGCAGGCUCUUUUUUAGCUGACCAGCUUCCUCUUCAGAAAUACACCGCAGUGUACUACGUCCUGGCCGACCUUUUAAUGUUAAGCAUGUAUACCUACUAUAAGACGAAGCACAUGCUGGCUGGAAAUGGCAACAGAAGAGUGCUGUAUGCAGUCGGAGUGCUGUGUGAACUCGGGGUGUUUUCUUCUCUGCUGCAGUUCCCCGUCUCCCCUGUACACAUACGUACCUCAUCGAGUUUCAGGGGCCGAACGCUGCUGGCUGUGGAUCAGCCGAACGCUGAGUUAAAUUUAAUAAAGCCUUUCAGCACUAGGGAGAUCAUCGGCUUCACGUUCGGAUCGAUCUCCUCGCUGCUUUAUCUCAGCUCCAGGCUGCCACAGAUUUACACAAAUUUUCGGAGGAAGUCGACAAAGGGCGUGUCGGUCUUUCUGUUCGCGCUGGUGAUUCUGGGUAACGUCACGUACGGACUGAGUGUGCUGGUGAAGAACCCGGAGCGAGGACAGAGUGAGACCAGCUACAUCGUCCACCACCUGCCCUGGCUCAUCGGAAGUCUGGGAACUCUUUUACUCGACAUGGUGAUAUUGGUGCAGUUUAUGAUGUAUAGUAAAGCUUCACAAAAUAGAGGGGACACAGAGGAGACUACUGCUCUUCUGAAUGCCUGAGUCUUUGUCCUCACGGGUGUGCUCAGACCUCGAGACCUUCAGGAUGCUCGACUCUCAUUCCCCCCACGUCACGUCUGAGCACAAACGACUGUCAAAAGCACUUUUCUUUUUAUUCCAUUUUUUUUGUCCCCAUGUAUUUUGUAUCAAUAGUAGUUUUAUAUUCAAUUCUUUUUGGAUGAUGUUCCAAGCACUGCAAUGUCUUCGUCAAGAGAAGACUCACAAGUUUCACGGACACCGUGUAACUAGGAAUAAACUGUCUGAAUUUGCUGUCAAUGGUUUUUAAAUCAUGUGAUGGCUAUGAUGCUGGCUGUCUUUGGGUUUUUUUGGUCAGUUGUUAUUAUGGGGAUUUACCUUAAAAUAAUGUUUAUUUUUUAAAAUUAGUUUGAUCUAGUUAAAAGUCCUUUUACUUAUUUUAAAGGCUGCACUAAAGAUCUCACA